GAGAGUGGAGGGCUGCUGCUGGGCCCUCCUCAGCCUAAAGUAGGUCCUGCAGCUGGGAUACACACUCUGCGACAUCGGCCUGUUUCACAACUGCACAACCGGGACUAGUAGCAGGCCGGUUCUGGACUGACAGAUCCGCGUCAGAUCCUGCUGAUCUCUAGAGAAGCCGCAUUGCUGGACAAGACCGACAACGAAGAAGUGUGUCGUUAUGAGCUCAUGAAACGCAACAGGAGAUCGAGAGAGGAAGAGAGGAUGGCGUAGAUUCAUCUUGAUUAGCUAAAGCUAAGUAAAAUAGGUUCUGACGGAGGAUAUAUAAACAUCAAGCCGUACGGAGGACUACUUGGGAGAAUCAGUGCUCUGUCACAAGAUGUCGAAAAUGCCGGCCAAGAAGAAGAGCUGCUUUCAGAUCACUAGUGUGACUCAGGCCCAGGUGGCAGCUAUAGGAGCCGCCGAUGACACGGAGAGUCUGGACGACCCGGACGAGUCCCGGACGGAAGAUGUGUCGUCGGAGAUAUAUGACAUGUCGCGGGCUGAGUACGAGCCUGCGUGCGACGACAGGAGUUCGUCUGAAGAAGCGUUGAAUAACGUCGGAGAGCCGGAGGCGAGCAGUGUUGUUGUUAUGGCACCGUCACACAUACCUCAUCAAGCUGGUCAGUUGUCAAGCAGCUCCAUGGGGGAGUUUCGAAAGGUGGGAGUGUCUGGCUCAGCUCAAGGUGGUCAGCAGCCAGGUGUACCCCUUAAUACUCAACCUGGGGCCAUGCAGCAGCAGCAGUCUGCUCCAGCAGCCUCAGUAAACACAUCCCAACCUGCUGCACUGACCAGUCCAGCUCCUCCUCCUGCCACCUCCACGGUGGGUUGCACUUCACGCUUCCGGGUCAUCAAACUCGACCAUGGUACCGGAGAACCCUUCCGAAGAGGCCGGUGGACGUGUACAGAGUUCUACGAGAAGGACUCCGAGGGCUCCGCCAUCAGUAGGACUGUAGAUAGCAUUAGGCAUGCCAGUGCAACAACAACAACACUGGACCCUGCUGCGGACAGAGACAGUGGGAUCGGGCACACGGGAGGAUCCGUGGUGGCCCCGGCGACGCACUCGGGUCAGGGCUUGGGUUCUGUGGCGGAUGCUUCUCUGCCUUCGUCCCGCAUGCAUUCGGUGGAGAUGCCUCCGCAGCAGCAGCCGCAGAUCCACCAUCAAAACUACGGUGCCCGGCAACAGGGUGGCAGUGGGUCGGCCACGCAGAGCGCUUUCUCCGGCGGCAAGCCGACGGUGGGAGGUCUGCAGCCUUCUGCGCCCCAGAGCGGGCUGCCCGUCGGACAGAACGGCCUGCCUCAAUCUGUCGUCCACAUACAGAAGUCCCCCAUCAUGCCUCCUUCGGCCCAGCCCGUCGCUUACCCUCCCCAGCAUCAGCAGCAGCAGCAGCAGCAGCUUCCUGUGGGUCACCACCUGACCAGCCAGUCUUCUGGACUUCUACAGAACCAUACGGAGUACUAUCAGCAGCCCUCUUCCAUGCAGCCGGGGCUCUCCACUGGCCAGUCCAGCCUCUCUGCAGGACCACAGCCUGUGGGACAAGGACAUGCUUCGGUGUUGCUUCCAGCCUCCGGAGGAGCUUCUGUGCCAAGUCAAGUUGGAGACGUUGCAGGAGCCGGAGGGGGAUCCGUACCUACCGGACAGCCGACGGUUCCGGGCCUCUUGCAGCAGCAGACCGGAGGAAUGGGAGGCAUCGGAGGCUCCAUGCUGGUCGGUGGAUCCGCUUUGCAGCAGCAGGCUGUGGGUCCGUACGCUGCCGCCGGACAGCCUCAACCCCACGGCCUCCACCCUACAUCCUCCGGUGUACAAAACGUGCCUGCCAUCGCGGCGAGCUCCAGUGUGCCCACCACUGUGCCCGUCGCCGUGCCCAGUGCCUCCAGUGCUGCCAUGCCAAAUGUGACGACCUCCAGUUUGCCUCUAGGUCAGAUACCCCACAGCAGGACUCUAGUGGCUUUGGGGAUGCAGGGCCUCCCAGCAGCUGGAUUUGGACACAUGGAGGGUGGUGGUUUUGGUGGAGGGAAGUUGGAGGGUCUCGUCAACGCACAGUCUCCUGUCGUCUCUGGGAAGGAACCGGUGAAGCCCCUCAUGCCUGAGAGCCUGCAGCUCGCCACUCCCACUGUCAACAGCCUGUUUGGAAUCCACAUACCUGUCGACGUGGAAGGGGACAGGAACCCCUCCAAGGCUUUCUACCAGGCCUUCCAGUCUGGCAGCAGAAUAAGGGACUCAAAGGCCCACAUUGAUAGAGCCUCGGGAACCAAUGUCGCUGCCAUUGAUAAUAAAAUUGAACAGGCAAUGGACCUGGUGAAAAGCCAUCUGAUGUACGCGGUGCGCGAAGAGGUGGAGGUCUUAAAGGAGCAGAUCAAGGAGCUGUUUGAGAGGAACUCUGUGCUGGAAAGGGAGAACGCCGUGUUGAAAUCUCUGGCCAACAGCGAGCAGCUGUCUCAGCUGCCCGCCCAGUCGGCCGCCGGCUCCGGUACCACGCCCCCGCAGCAAGGACUCAGCCAGCCCCAGCAGCCGGCCCAGCCUCCGCCUCAAGCUCAGCCUCAGCCUCCGCCUCAGCCUCAGCCUCAGCCGCAGUCCCACCCCCAGCUCCAGCUCCAGCACCAACCCAAACCCCAGCAGCUCCAGACUCAGCCUCAGCUCGAUCCCAGCCAACAACAAAUGCAACCCAACGUCACCUCCGCUUGAAGUGCAUCUGCCCUGCUCCGCAUAGGGCGGGGGCGGAAAAAAAGAAGAAGAGCAUCUUCUCUACAACUUAUUACAAUUAGUGUAUGUGAAACUAAAAAGAAGAAAAAAAAAAAACUGUCUUCUUAGCCACCAGCUUGACCACAAAGUACAGUGCUUGUGUGUGUGUGUGUCUGGGUGCGUUAGCAAGCAAGUGCGACUGUGAAUCGGUGUUGGAAUGUAAGUGUGUAUGCAUCUGUACUGUGGGCCUUUUCCAGUGUUAAUGCAAUCAUCGCGAGAGAGAGACGGAGAAAGUGUGUAUAGAGACGAGAGGAUCAAGGGGAGGUCGGGGUGUUUGUUUUCAUCUUGGCUGUGUUCCCGGAGUGGUCGACUGCUGGGUCCGAGCUCGCGGACAGGAUGUCUUUUCUUGGACCGCGACCUGACCUGAAACCUGCUCAAACCUGUGGGCGUUGGAAAGGGAGGGCUUCACCUCACAUAAGGGACAAACGGGAGUGAUUGUCAAAAGAGAGCGAUUAUUUUUUUAAAUGAGAUAACUGAGUGGGUAAAGGGGGUAUUUUUAGCCUUGCUGUUUCAUGUUGUAAAGUAAGAAACGGGAGGGAGAGCGAGAAAGAGAGAGAGUCUGUUUUUCGGAGCGCCACACUGCUGCCGUUACUUUUUACAUCAAGUCCAACUCUUGCAUCAGUCUUUUUGAGUUCUACUGUUAAGUGUUUUAUUUAUUACAGGGCUGCUAUUCUCACAAAUGAACAAUUUCACACAACCUGUCAAACAAUA